UAUAGCUACCCAUUGGAAACGAGGGCUAGAAAAGGUCAUGCAGCUGUCAUCCCACCCCGGAGCCCUCUCGUCCAGCGCACGGCCGCCCCCUCCCCCUCUCCUAGUUGUAGACAUACAGAUAUCGUUUCCUCCCCCGUCUCGUCUCUUCCCAGGCAGAGAGAGGAGGGCGAGGCGUGUUAUGGAAGCGCAUCUUUCCACCCCGAGCGAGAGGAGAGAUCAAUUAGCGGGGACAGGCGGCGGGAGGUGUCUGUGCAAGGGCGCGAGCCGGAGCCGGAUCGGACCAAGCCGUCCCGGCCAAAAGCACUGCUGACCGCGUACCAAUCGGGUAAAGUCUCCUUAAGAGUCCAGGGUAGCUCAGCUAUCGAUAGUUCGUUUCAUCCCGGUUUUACUUGGCGACUCCCCUCGAGACCCAAACAGCAAGGCCGGGAGGAGGAGGAGGACUUCGCGUGCGCGGUGCCGCGUGGUUGCGUCCUAGAGCUAGAAGAAGAGAUGGCGGCGACGGCGGCGGCAUCGUCGUCGUCCCCCGCUGGCGGCGCCUCGUCACCGGCGCAGGCGCCGGGCGGAGGCGGCGGAGGAGGAGGCGGCGGCGGCGGGGUGCCGUACCACCGGUCGCGGUUCGGCGAUACGACGCUGACCAAGGUGUUUGUCGGCGGGCUGGCGUGGGAGACGCCGUCCGCGGGGCUGCACGACCACUUCCGGGAGUACGGCGAGAUACUCGAGGCGGUCGUCAUCACCGAUCGCGAAACCGGCCGAUCCAAGGGCUACGGAUUCGUGACGUUCCGGGACCCGGAGGCGGCGCAGCAGGCGGUGCAGAACCCGAACCCGAUGAUCGCCGGCCGGCGCGCCAACUGCAACAUUGCGUCCAUGGGCCCGCCGCGACCGUCGCCGCAGAGAGGGAGGGCCCCGCGCGGGCCGGAUCAGCAGCACUCGGGCCCGCAGCCAUACAUGGGCGGCAGGAUGCAGCAGCAGAUGCCCACCCCGCCUCACGCCAUGUUCUACAACCCUUCGCCGUACGGGUACUGGUACCCACCUGAUUAUCAAUACCAGCAGGCCUUUUACAAUCAAAUGCAGCAAUACUACUCUCAGCAGUAUGGCCAAACAUCCCCUUCAACAUCACCAUACCCAUACAUGGGGUACAUGACAAGUGGCCAGAAUCCAAGGGCCGGCUUCUCGCCAUUGCAGCACCAAGCUGCUCGGCCACCGUUCUUUCAGCAGCAGAGCGAGGGUUCGUUCCAGGCAGCGCCUUCACUCCCUCCUAAUUUCAGACUCCAGUUGCCCCCUCGUGCAAUCUCAAGGCAGUCUGACGAUGUAUCCGGUUCACAACCAACUCAGACAGUAUCUGAGGCUGAGGCUACAAACACAGAUAACCAAGAAGCGUCAGCGCCUGUUGAAAGAUCAAAUUCAGAGGAAAACACCUCGAACUGACUCGCUGAAGUGAAAACUCCACCAAAAUGAUUUGAUGCCGAUCUGGACUGGACUAUUAGUGGUUCGCAAAGGAGUACCAGAAUACUCGUUUCUUGACUGGAAAAAAAAUAGCAUCCAAAUAUUUGUUCUUUCAUUGUUCCUGAUUCUUUUCCUAUUUCUGCACUGCAUUUCUUUGGUGAACCCAUUGUACUGCGAAACUGAACCUCACGCCAGAAAAUGGAAUUCGCCAGAAUAAGUCCCGGACGCA